AGCGCGAGCGUAUAUAAACCUCACGGCGCGGAGCAUGUGGUCACUGCAGUCGCAAGUUUUCAUCAGUCCGAGUGCACAUCGCAACCCCAAACAACUUGAGCAAAAAUGGCAUUUGCUGGACUCCUGAGUGAUGCUGACAUCACUGCAGCCCUGCAGGCUUGUCAAGCUGCUGACUCCUUCAACUACAAGACCUUCUUUAGCAAGGUUGGCCUGAGUGGAAAGUCCAGUGAUGAUGUCAAGAAGGCCUUUGCUGUCAUUGAUCAGGACAAGAGCGGCUUCAUUGAGGAAGAUGAGCUGAAACUGUUCCUGCAGAACUUCUCUGCUGGUGCCAGAGCUCUGACUGAUGCUGAGACCAAGGCCUUCCUUGCAGCUGGUGACAGUGAUGGCGAUGGCAAAAUUGGAGUUGAUGAGUUUGCUGCCCUUGUGAAGGCUUAAGCACUUCAUGCAGCCUGAUUUUUGGAGUUGAUGAGCUUGCUGCUGUAGACAAGGGUUAAAUGACAGCUGACCACAACAACCUCUUACAGAAAAGGAACAACAAUUCCCAAAGCCUCACCUCAGUCAAGCUGAUUUUUAUACAUGACUUUGACAUGCCUGCGCACCUUCUGCUCCCACGCUGCCCUCUGUCCUGAAUGACUUUAAAUGUCAAAUGGUUGUUUAAGACAUUGUUACAGACAUGAACUUGGGGUACUGUACAAUCUGUGAUGCACUUUUUUGGGAAAGGAUGGUGAGAAGAGAAUAAAUGUCCUUUUUUUCA